AUGUCAAAUAAUUCAAAAUCAAAUAAAAUUCUACAACAAUCAGAUAUUUAUUUAGAUAGUCCAAAUAAUCAAUUAAAUAAUUCGAGUAUGUCUUUUUCACAAGUUCAUUCAAAUUUAGAUCAACCGCAAACGCAAUUCCAGCAACAAACUCAUUUUUAUCCCCAGCCCGUGGCAUUAUCAAAUAAUCAACAACAACCAUAUUUGCAACAACAACCAUAUUUGCCACAACAACCACAACAACCACAACAACAAUACAUUCAAUAUAAUUCACUACCCUACAAUCCACCAUCAACUACAAUUUUGCAACCAUUAAAUCAACAGCAACAAAAUAUUCAAACAUCACCAAGUCAAAUAAUAACUAAUCAAUAUAUUUCAUCUCCGCAAAACCCCAUUCAACAACUGGGUCAAAGCUUAAAUUAUAAUGACGGAUAUUCAAACCACCAACCAUUACGAUCAAACUACAAUUUAUAUGCCCUGAAUAAUACAAAUCAAGAUAAUAAUCAUUCACAUAAUAAUUCCACUUCAGAAUCGUAUAAUUAUUUAGUACCCACUUUUCAACCUAUUAUGACACAUACGAAUGAAAAUCAUGAGUUUGAUCUUUUCAAUAAGAAUUUACCUGUUAUUAACUCAUCAAUGAAACCUCCAUCACUUCAGCCACCACUUCAACCACCAAAAUAUUCUUCAAUAUCAUCAGCAUCAACAAAGUCAUCUUCAGAAUCAUCGAUUGGUUCUAAUUCGUCUAUUUCGUCCAAAAAACCACGUAGAAAACGGAAACAUACUGCUACAACCCACGAUAUGACUCCAGAAACUGCAGAAAGAAAUAGAUGUAGGAUAUGCCAUAAACAAUUCAAAAGACCAUCGUCUUUGCAAACUCAUUAUUAUUCACAUACUGGUGAAAAAAUAUUUAAAUGUGAAUGGGAAGGAUGUGGGAAAUUCUUUUCAGUGAAGAGUAACAUGACGAGACAUUAUAGAUUACACCAAAGAGAUCAAAAGAGAGUGAAUGAGAAUACCAAAAGUAACAAUAAUACUGGCAACAAUAAUUUGAGUCAGUAUCAUUAUGGUCAGGGAUUACAAAGUAAUUAUACAACUACGAGUGUAAAUCAACAUUAUUUACCAAGUACUACUUUUAGUGAUAAUAAUACUUUUAAUAAUGAUAAUAAGAAUAAUAAUAUAUGA